UUGCUCUCGGUUCGACCAGUGUUGGCCAAUUGAAUGCUUUGUACGGGCGAGAAUUAUUCAUUACUGUUUGGCAAAAUAUACAUCACAAAAGCUUCCAUGCGGGCAUGGACGAUUCUCAGCUACGAAUUUGAUAGGUGGAGAUCGUGAUAAACGUGGUUAUCAGUAAAAUGUGAGUGCAGUAUUCAGAGCUCAGAGUUACUGGAAAACGGAGAAAGGAAUUGCGAGUCUGAAAGUCGUCAGUGUUUCUGCGACCAAACCCGUUGUGGCGAAGCGACCGAAUAAAAAGCCCGCGGGAUAAACGAAAAUAUGUAUUCGCUGAGUCGACGCGUGCUUAUCAUGUUGGCUGGAAGUGUGGUGAUAUCGUUGUUCGUCUUGGUCACAGUGUACGGUGUGUUCGGGGCACCACCGUCCAAAGAGAUCGGAUUCAACGACCGAUUUACAGAUCCACCGUGUGGAUUAGACUGUGCUGACCUUGCUGGUGUUUCCUGGGAUUAUGAGUUGAAGCAGGUGCACGUGGUAUUCCGACAUGGACAACGUACACCAGCUGACACCUACCCGACGGAUCCGUUGGUUAACCAGACUUUUGCACCGUACGGAUGGGGUCAGCUAACGAAUUAUGGUAAGAAUACUCUCUACGAAAUUGGAUCCUGGCUUAGACGCCGAUACGGCAAUUUUCUCGGAAAGCUAUUUAUACCCGAUAAAAUUCAUGCCCAAAGUACUGGGGUCUCCAGAACGCAGAUGUCUAUCGAACUGGUUCUGGCAUCGUUAUAUCCGCCACAAGGAACGGCACAGGAGUGGAACCAUGAUCUGAACUGGCAACCCAUACCGUUCACUAGCGAGCCUCUUGAUCAGGAUACGUUAUUACUGGUGCGGACAUCUUGUCCACGAUAUCAUGAAGCACAUAAUGCUGUUUUAGAGAGUGAAGACAUUCAGCACCUGAUGAGAGCCAAUGAGGAACUAUUUUCUAAUCUCACCAAACUUACUGGAAUGGAUAUCAAGACACCAGACGAUGUUCAAUCUCUAUACAGCACCAUAAGAGCUGAGUUUGAGUUCGGACUGACCCUUCCUAAAUGGACCAAAGAUUACUAUCCGGAAAAACUUCUGCCACUUACCAAGCUCAGCUACAUUCUGAAUGUUUUCAACGAUGAGCUGAUUAAACUCAAGGGUGGUCCAUUUUUGAAGAAGACUCUCGGUGAAUGGGAAUCCGUGAUGAAGGACGAAUUCAGUCCGAAAGCUAAGAAAAUUUUCGUUUACGCUGGACACGAUUCUACUGUCGUCAAUAUUCUAUCAGCAUUCAAUGUAUGGCGUGAGCAGAUCCCUAACUAUGCUAUUAUGGCCGUUUUCGAGCUAUACAAAGAUCGACGAACUGGACAGUUUGUAGUUCGAGUAUACCAGAAAAAUGUCGGUGAACAACUGGCUCCGUUGGAGAUUCCAGGAUGCAGUAAGUACUGUCCCGUUGAACAACUGAAAACGUUACUGGACAACCAUAUUCCUAAAAAUAUGAGUCAAGAUUGCAAGGCGCACUCGGCCGGCUUCGAGGAACCGCCACCAAGAGGACCGUAAAUCUCAGCAAUAGAUUUUUUUAAAUAUCUAUACCAACUUGUGAUUUUAAUUAGUUGUGAAAUAAAAGAUAUAUGAAUAUAAAA